ACACAAAUGGAACGAAGUAGGGUAGGUUGUUAGAAAGUUAAUGGCUUGGGGGAAAGAGAUUCUCUUCUCGCUUCAGGAGAGUUUGAGGAUUUUUCUGAAGUAAAACGUAAUUAUUUUAUAACAAUAUAACCCCAAAGAAAGUGAAAAGACAACAUUACCUUCACAAAUAGACGUAUUAUUUAGGAAAGUAUGCAGGAUGCAGUAGCCGGGACGGCAAUGCUGACGGACGGCUUCGAGGACGAGAUUGACUCGGUGACUCCGCGUUCCCCUGCGUUAGGGAUGGGGGUUGGAGCUACACCAGGAGCCGGACUCGGGGGCCUCGGUGGCAAGAAAGUACGCUUGUUCGGAGAGGCUGGCGGGCCCACCACAGACAGACUUGAUUUCAAACUCACAGCGGCCGCGGUGCUAUCGUCAGGCCCCGGAUCCGGCAGCGACGAGGAUGAGGUGUCUGAGGUGGAAUCGUUCAUACUAGACCAGGAGGAUCUGGAUAACCCCGUACUAAAGACAGCUUCAGAGCUUCUCCUAUCCAGCGCAGCAGACGGAGCUGACCUCAGAACAGUAGACCCAGAAACACAGGCCCGGCUUGAGGCAUUACUAGAAGCAGCAGGCAUUGGUAAACUCUCCACUGCCGAUGGCAAAGCCUUUGCAGAUCCAGAGGUGUUACGCCGCCUGACGUCGUCAGUGAGUUGCGCGCUGGAUGAGGCCGCCGCCGCCCUCACCCGCAUGAGGGCCGAAAACACACUCAACGCCAGCCAGGCCGACAAUCUGGUUAUUUUUAGCCGUAGCCUGGCUGAGGCCUGCUCGGACGGCGACGUGAAUGCGGUGCGGAAGCUGCUAGACGAGGGACGCAGCGUCAACGAACACACAGAGGAGGGCGAGAGCCUGCUGUGUCUGGCCUGCUCGGCUGGAUACUAUGAGCUUGCACAGGUCUUGCUGGCCAUGCAUGCUAACGUGGAGGACAGAGGGAUCAAAGGAGACAUCACGCCACUUAUGGCUGCUGCAAGCGGUGGUUACGUUGACAUCGUCAAACUGCUCCUAGUGCACGGAGCCGAUGUUAACGCACAGUCCUCGACAGGUAACACAGCCUUGACAUAUGCGUGUGCAGGAGGCUUCCUGGAUGUGGUAAAGGUGUUGCUGAAGGAGGGUGCUAACAUUGAAGAUCACAAUGAGAAUGGUCACACUCCGUUGAUGGAGGCUGCCAGUGCGGGCCACGUAGAGGUCGCUCGUGUGCUCCUGGAGUAUGGCGCUGGAAUCAACACACACUCCAACGAAUUUAAGGAGAGCGCACUCACACUCGCCUGCUAUAAAGGGCACUUGGACAUGGUCCGGUUUCUCUUAGAAGCAGGAGCCGACCAGGAGCACAAGACAGACGAGAUGCACACUGCUCUUAUGGAGGCCUGCAUGGAUGGGCAUGUGGAGGUGGCACGGCUGCUAUUGGAUAGUGGGGCACAGGUAAACAUGCCUGCUGACUCAUUUGAGUCGCCUCUAACGCUGGCUGCCUGCGGGGGUCACGUGGAGCUGGCAGCGCUUCUGAUCGAGAGGGGGGCCAACCUGGAGGAGGUGAAUGAUGAGGGCUACACUCCACUGAUGGAGGCAGCUCGUGAGGGCCAUGAAGAGAUGGUGGCGCUGCUCCUGGCACAAGGUGCAAAUAUUAACGCUCAGACAGAGGAGACGCAAGAGACGGCGUUGACUCUGGCGUGUUGCGGAGGCUUCCUAGAGGUGGCUGAUUUCCUCAUCAAAGCUGGGGCGGACAUUGAGUUGGGUUGUUCCACCCCACUCAUGGAGGCUGCACAGGAGGGGCAUCUGGAACUGGUCAAAUACUUGUUGGCUGCAGGAGCUAACGUCCACGCCACAACAGCCACGGGUGACACAGCUCUGACAUACGCGUGUGAGAAUGGUCACACGGAUGUGGCCGACGUGCUGCUGCAAACAGGGGCUGACCUGGAACAUGAAUCAGAAGGGGGCAGGACUCCACUGAUGAAAGCGGCCAGAGCAGGACACCUGUGCACUGUGCAGUUUCUCAUCAGCAAAGGUGCUAAUGUAAAUAGAGCCACAGCCAACAAUGAUCACACAGUGGUUUCUCUGGCUUGUGCUGGGGGCCAUCUGGCUGUGGUUGAGCUGCUGUUGGCCCAUGGUGCUGACCCCACCCACAGACUAAAGGAUGGCUCCACAAUGCUGAUUGAAGCUGCUAAAGGUGGUCACACUAAUGUGGUGUCCUACCUGCUAGACUACCCAAACAACAUCCUGUCAGUCCCUGCCCCAGACCUGUCCCAGCUCACACCGCCCUCUCAUGACACUUCUCAGGCCCCUCGAGUCCCAUUCCAAGCCCUGGCUAUGGUGGUGCCCCCCCAGGAGCCAGACAGAGUGCCCUCCACCAUCCCCACGCCCCCACCCGUUACAAGCAAAGGUGCGUCCAAGCAAAGACUGAGCUCCCUUCAGAGCAACUCUGUGGCUUCGGGUGGCUUAGACGCUGACCUGCUGCCACCCUUUCACACGUACCAGCCUCUGGAGUGCAUCGUCGAAGAGACGGAGGGCAAGCUGAACGAGCUGGGCCAGCGCAUCAGUGCCAUCGAGAAGGCCCAGCUGCAGUCGCUCGAGCUCAUCCAGGGCGAGCCGCUCACCAAAGACAAGAUCGAGGAGCUAAAGAAGAGUCGUGAGGAGCAGGUGCAGAAGAAGAAGAAGAUCUUGAAGGAGCUGCAGAAGGUGGAGCGGCAGUUGCAGCUGAAGACGCAACAGCAGUUCACCAAAGAAUACAUGGAGACCAAGGGGCUCAAGGAGGAGCUGGGCCAGGCGGCAGGGGUGGAAAUGCCCGGCACCCCCCUGCCCCUGCAGGCCACACAGCUGGGCUCUGACAACGAAAGUGAGGUUAUUCGCAGAGAGGAGGACCACAGGCCCACCCCUACCAAUGAUGAGGACGAGGAGGACGAAGACGACGAGGAGGAUGAAGAUGACGUUGACUGUGCCAGGCUGCCACAGGUGGAUUCCCUUCUGCAUCCACAGGCAACACAGCCGCCGCUACCUCCGUCACCUCAGAACCAGGCCCUCCAGAGUCCCCCUCUGCAGACCAGCUUCGUUCCCAUCCAGCCUCUGGCCCUGCAGCAGUCCACAGACUUCAGUAACGCAGAGUACCCGGGAAGCAGCAGCCCAGACCUGCAGAGGGUGUUGCUAGGUCAACAGCUGACAGGGUUGGGGCCGGGGCUUCUUACACAGGCACCCGAUGGACUCAUGGUCGCCACACCCGCACAGACGCUCACAGAUACGCUUGACGACAUCAUGGCGGCUGUGAGCAGCAGAGUGCCUGUGGUAAACACUACAACUUCGCCCUCCCCUCAGCCAUCCUUACAGACGCCCAUCAACACGGUCUCCCCACCCUCCAUGCUCCCUCUUUAUCCCUCAGUGGACAUUGACGCACAUACUGAGAGCAAUCAUGACACGGCACUGACCCUGGCCUGUGCAGGUGGCCAUGAAGAGCUUGUCUCAGUGCUCAUUGCUCGUGGGGCCAACAUCGAGCACCGGGACAAGAAGGGGUUCACCCCCUUAAUCCUAGCGGCUACUGCGGGCCAUGUGGGUGUGGUGGAGAUCCUGCUGGACAAGGGAGGGGACAUUGAAGCUCAGUCUGAGAGGACCAAAGACACCCCUCUGUCCCUCGCCUGCUCGGGUGGCAGACAAGAGGUGGUGGAGCUGUUGUUGCUUCGUGGGGCUAAUAAGGAGCACCGUAAUGUUUCCGACUACACACCGCUCAGCCUGGCGGCCUCAGGGGGCUACGUCAACAUCAUCAAGAUCCUUCUGAAUGCUGGUGCUGAGAUCAACUCUAGGACUGGCAGUAAGCUGGGCAUUUCUCCGCUCAUGUUGGCGGCCAUGAACGGCCAUGUGCCUGCGGUGAAGCUGCUGUUGGACAUGGGCUCUGAUAUCAAUGCACAGAUCGAGACCAAUCGUAACACAGCACUGACCUUGGCUUGCUUCCAAGGCCGAGCAGAGGUUGUCAGCCUGCUGCUGGACCGGAAGGCCAACGUGGAACACCGUGCCAAGACUGGCCUCACCCCUCUCAUGGAGGCUGCGUCUGGCGGUUAUGCUGAAGUGGGCCGUGUUCUGUUGGAUAAAGGGGCAGAUGUCAAUGCCCCUCCAGUUCCCUCCUCUCGUGACACCGCCCUCACCAUUGCUGCAGACAAGGGCCACUACAAGUUUUGUGAGCUUCUCAUCAGCAGAGGGGCUCACAUUGACGUGCGAAAUAAGAAGGGGAACACCCCUUUGUGGCUCGCUGCUAACGGUGGCCACUUUGAUGUGGUGCAGCUGUUGGUCCAGGCUGGAGCCGAUGUGGAUGCAGCCGACAACCGCAAGAUAACCCCCCUCAUGGCAGCGUUCCGCAAGGGCCAUGUAAAAGUGGUGCAGUACUUGGUGAAGGAAGUAAACCAGUUCCCAUCUGACAUUGAGUGCAUGAGAUACAUUGCAACUAUUGCAGAUAAGGAGCUGCUGAAGAAAUGUCAUCAGUGCAUGGAGACCAUCGUCAAAGCCAAAGAUCAGCAGGCUGCUGAGGCGAACAAGAACGCCAGCAUUCUGCUUAAGGAGCUUGAUCUGGAGAAGUCUCGUGAAGAAAGCAAAAAGCAGGCUCUGGCAGCAAAGCGGGAGAAGAGAAAGGAGAAGCGCAAGAAAAAGAAGGAAGAGCAGAAGAGGAAGCUGGAGGAAGAAGAUGCUAAGGUGAAAGAAGUGUUCUGUGAGAUGCAGGAUCAGAAGGAGGACUCUGCAGAAGAGGUGGAGGUUCCCAUCGAGCCUCCAAGUGCUACCACCACCACAACCAUCGGUAUCUCCGCCACCUCCACAACAUUCACUAACACUUUCGGCAAAAAGCGAGCCAACGUGGCCACCACACCAAGCACCAAUCGCAAAAACAAAAAGAACAAGACCAAGGAUUCACCUAGUGAACCCAUUAUUCUUCAGGACCCACAGGUGGCACUGGCACAGCAGAAAGCAGACAAAAAUAAGAUCCACGGAGAACCUCGAGGGGGUGGGGCGCCGGGAGGAACCAGCGACUCUGAUAAUCUAGAUAGCACCGACUGCAACAGUGAGAGCAGCACUGGCAGUAAGAGUCAGGAGCUCGCUGACCUGCCUUCAUCAUCAUCUUCUUCCUCCUCUGCCCCUUCGGUACUUGCAGGCUGUAACCAGCCCUUCAUCGCAAGUGAGAAGAGACAUGGGCUAUCGCUGCCGGGCUCUCGUGAGGAUAAGAUCACGGUGUCCAUCUCCAAACCACAGCAGAGAUCUCAUGACAUCAACAGUGACUUGACCCCCAGUUCUCUGCCCUGCUCGUUCAAGACCAUUUCACUGCCAGUCACCUCGCCCAACAUUAAGAUGAAUCUCACUAGCCCAAAGAGAGGCCAGAAGAGAGAAGAGGGGUGGAAAGAGGUGGUUCGAAGAUCCAAGAAGCUCUCUGUCCCUGCCUCUGUUGUGUCUCGGAUUAUGGGUAGAGGUGGCUGCAACAUUACGGCCAUCCAAGACGUUACAGGCGCACACAUUGACGUGGACAAACAGAAGGACAAGAAUGGAGAAAGAAUGAUCACAAUCAGAGGUGGCACAGAGUCCACACGGCAUGCGGUGCAGCUGAUCAAUGCGCUGAUCCAGGACCCAGCAAAAGAGCUAGAGGACCUGAUCCCUCGUAACCACAUCCGGCCACCUGGCGCCAACACCAAAAUCAGCUCCACCUACACAACCUCCACUGGGGCCACAAGCACUACUGCAGCCAGUUCAAAGGGCCUGCCAUCUGUAGUGCCCUCCUCCAGCAUGUCGUUCCAGUCCUCCACCAACUUCACAGCUCAGCAGGCUGGCAAGUUAGGCAAAAGUAUGGCACCAGGCGUCAGGCCCCCAUUCGUUUCUUUGCCACCACUUGCUUAUGCUCAUCCUCAGCUGGCCCUUCUAGCAGCCCAGACUAUGAACCAGAUCCGCCACCCUCGAUUGCCCAUGGCACAGUUUGGUGGCACUUUCUCAUCCUCUCCCAACACUUGGGGUCCUUUCCCUGUGCGUCCUGUGAGCCCUGGUAGUGCUAACAGCUCACCCAAACACAGCGGUAAUCCUACACUGCGUCCCGCCAGCUCUGCUCCGGCCCACACUGAGCAUCUUGCAGCUCCCAUGUCCAGCACCUCGACUCCCACUGCUUCCACCUCUUCUCCCACCAGUACCGCACCUGUUAACACCCCCACGCCUUCCUCUGUCAGGAAGCAGCUUUUCUCAUCAGAGCCCAAGUCUGGGGCUGGAGUUGUUGUGGCUACUACUGGCAGCAGCACUCCCUCUUCGCAAGUUGCUCCCUCUCCCAUCAGCUGUGCUCCCACAACCCCUACGACUCCCCCAUCUCCAUCUGCGCCCAUUGCUCCACCUCCACAGCAUCCUCCUCCCCCCAAGCCAGAGCCAGCCAGCCUUAGCACCCCAGCUAAAGAGAAGCCCGUCACAGAGCUUGCCGCACCUGCCACUGGAGCUCCAUCUGACGGGCCCAGCCCCUCCGCUCCUCUGCACUUCACCUCAUCUCCCUCAGGCCCAUCGAUGCUAAACGUACAGCCCGACAGUCGGCAGCCGAUUGCGUCACACUUCACCUCCAGCUCAGAACCCAGUUCCUCUUCCUCAACUCAGCCAGGAUCAUCUCAUCCUGUCACACGCCUGCCACCUCCGACCUGCAGCAGCACAGUCACUAAUACCAGCAGCACCUUACCUCAUUAUGCCACCCCCACUGCGCCUGGUGUGACUCCCCGCAUGCAGCCACCCACACCCUACUACCCCAUGGCUCCAGGGACCCUGCAGGAGCAGCAAUCUGUGUUUGUGCCUCCAGGAGCCCCACAGGAGCCCCUCAAACAGCAGCAACAACAACCUCCAUCUCAGCCUAACAUGGCUCCAACAGGCAUGCCACCUCCCUCACUUCCAAUGUCCUCCACCAUGGGCAUGAUAAACGGCUCUCAAAUGCACCUGCACAGUGGAAAAGCGCAACUGCCCCCCAACUUUGGUCCUGCAGCUCUCUUCAAUCACUUCAGCAGUAUCUUCGACAGCAACCAAGUGGGCAACAACCAGGUUUGGGGUGCCUGCCAUCUACCUGCGCGCACUCCACCAGAGCAGCCCUACAGUGGCCCACCUACCGCCUAUAUAGGGGGAAUGGGGCAGAUGGAAAAUGUCAUGCCUCCUGACGGCUCAAAAGCUCCAGGGUAUCGCUGCACCUCACAGCGGAUGGUUUCCAGUCCCAUUGGAAUACACCCCAUGGACAACUCCAUGUCCUCGUCCACUGCGCUCACCAGCUUUACCACAAGCAUAUCUGCCAGCCCCGUGUUCCUGCCUGGUCCUGCUCCUGUGGGCACACCCUCCUUCAGCCGCCAGCACUUCUCUCCCCACCCCUGGAGUGCCUCCACCUCUUGCGAGUCUCCAGUGCCCUCUGUGUCUUCCGGGGCAUCAUCACCUCUUUGCACAUCUACGGUGACUCCCACUCUGAUCCAGGCAAAACCUAGUAGCUCCAACCAGCAGGACCGCAAAGUGCCCCCUCCCAUUGGAACUGAGCGCCUGGCCCGCAUCCGGCAAACUGGCUCUGUCAACCACACCAUGCUGCCCACCAGCUACACCCCACCAGUUGGACAGGGUGGCAUCUGGUCUUUUGGAGUGGGCAGUGCCUCCGAGACAAUGUCAGGCUGGUCUCAGCCCCUGAUGGGAGGGCCAGUGAUGCACCAGCAGAUGCAGGAGCCAUCAGCCUUCUCUCAGCACCAGGCUAUGGAACGAGAUGAUACUGGGAUUGUGGCUCCUUCUAAUACUUUCCACCAACCUUUGCCCACCAACUUCAUGGAUUUUCCAAAGGGGCUGCCAAUGUCAAUGUACGGUGGCACGAUGAUCCCUCCUCACCCUCAGAUGGCGGAGGGUCCUGGAGGCCCGGUAUACAAUGGUCUACACACUUCUGACCCUGCCUGGAAUCCCAUCCUAAAGGUUGUUCCCAAUUCUGCUGAGAAUUCAGACCCACAGCAGGUAUGGCCAGGCACUUGGGCCCCACAUGUGGGAAACGUGCAUUUGAAUCAUGUCAACUAAACAGUGAUCGAGAGGCCUAGGAGCAGUAACAAGAAACACGUUAAAAAGAACAAGAUAAUUACCUAAUUACUGAGACGUGGUAUUAACCUAGAUGUGUCCCCCAAAAAAAUUUUAAACAAGUUAAGAAAUUUGAGAGAUGGACACCCUCGAUGUGCCUAACUAAAAAGAAAGAAUCCAGUGUGGGAUUUAACGUUUUUGCCACUGUCUAUGAACAAAUCGAUUGCCUGUUCAACAGGAUACAUUCUGAGUAGUAUAGCCAUUUUGACAUUUAAGCCCCACGUAAAAGUGUUCUUGGUCAGCAGGGCUCAAUAGGACAGUGCGCUAUUUAUACACGGCCAAGACCUAGAUGAUUGCGUAAAGAAUGAAAUCAGACCUUUUAGAGUGGUAAAUACCUGUAUAAUUGUUUACAUACUGAAAAAAGGGUUAAAAAUGAGAGUAAAUUUCAUGUCGUAUAGUGGCUCUACUUUAUGUAGCCUGUAUUAAUGUGAAAUAUUUACCUUAAUAUUCAAUAAAAAGUUGGAAAUGUA